ACAGUUUGAUUGAUUCGGGAUUCACGCAAUCACGGUACGCGUACAUCACAGCGUCAUACACGAAAACCAAUCAGAGAGCAGACGCCAGUACACACACUAUAAACGUCCCGCCCGCUUUCAACGUGUCAACAGUGCCGUGAAGCAGCCAGUAACUGUCGCACACUACACGAAGUAACUGUUAUGGAAGGGGGAAAAAAAGAGCUCCGAUAUUUCCAUUAAGGUAGCCAGCUUUCAGGCUUGAUGGCGGAGUAUAAAACGAGUAAGUUGUUGUUAUUGUAUCUGUAGGAGUACAUGUGAGGCAACAGCUGCGGCAAAACCGGAGCAUGGACUUCAGCCGGACUGUGCUGGUGACCGGAGGCGCUGGAUUCAUCGGCUCCCAUCUGGUGUGCUCACUGGUCCACAGACACCCAGAGUGGAGAAUUAUCAACCUGGAUAAUCUGGAUUACUGCUGCAGCCCCAGGAGUCUGGAGAGCAUUGAAAACAGAACAAACUACACAUUUAUCAGGGGAGAUGUGUGUAACUCGCGGCUGGUCAACCACAUCUUUAACUCCGAACACAUCGACAUCAUCUUUCACCUGGCAGCCAGAACUCACGUUGAGGCCUCGUUUGAAUCCCCGUCCGCCUUCCAGCGGGUUAACGUUGAUGGAACCAGAGUUUUGCUGGGUGCUGCGCAUCAGGCUCGACACCAACCGCAGCGCUUCAUCUACAUCAGCACCGAUGAGGUGUACGGACCCAGUCUGGAUGAGGCCAGUUGUUGGAUCGAUUGGAUGUUGCUGUUUUGUGGAUGUGUUUGGGAUUGUGCAUCAGAUGGUGACUCGGGUGUUUGUCCUCUGCAGGUGUUCGAUGAGAGCAGUCCAGUGAGGCCCUCCAACCCGUACGCUGCUACUAAAGCUGCUGCGGAGUAUCUGGUCAGAUCCUACUGGGACCAGUAUAAGUUUCCCAUCAUCAUUACCAGGAGCAACAACAUCUACGGGCCCAGGCAGUACACCGAGAAGGUCAUUCCAAGAUUUCUCACCCUCUUGCAAAUGAACAAGAAAUGCACUAUCCAGGGAACACUGCCUAAAUCCCGCCACUUCCUAUUUGUCAGUGAUGCCAUAAAUGCCUUCCUGCUGGUUCUGGAGAAAGGGAUUGUGGGAGAAAUCUACAAUGUGGGAACAAGCUGUGAGAUUCCCAUUGUGCAACUGGCCAGGGAACUUGUUAGGAUGAUUAAGAGUGUGCCAGAAUCUGAAGUGAAUGAUUGGCUUGAGUUUGUGCCUGACAGGCCGCGGGUCGACCUGCGCUAUCCCAUCAAAUGUGAGAAGCUGCAGCAGCUGGGCUGGAGAGCAGAGGUGUCCUGGGCUGAAGGCAUCAGACAGACUGUGAAAUGGUACAGAGACAACCCAGACUUCUGGUCAGACAUCAGCGAGGACCAACAACCAAUCAGAGGCGAGAGUGAAAACAGUGCCACCACAAUUGCCUCCAUCAGCCCUUCAACUUAACUGAGAGGCUGUGACCAGACACUGACUUGUAUAACUUUUUUUUUUUUUUUCAUGCAAAUAAUUUCACAUGAUAUUUGUGUAGCACAGAGGCUAUUCUGGCUGGUUUACAGCUCAAUGAACAAACACUGAAUACUUCAGUAAACAUCAGUCUUACUCUGCAGAACAUUUAAUUCCCAACUGUCUCUAAAUUAAGACGGCUGGAGCAACAGGACCUGAAGUGCCAGACAACCGAGGGCAGAGCCUUCCUGCAACCAAAGCGGAGCAUCAGCUGGAAAUUAAUGCACUUUAUUAUGAUAAUAAUUACAGAUUUAGCUGAUCUUAACGGUGUCUUAUUCUGCUCUUGUGAGAUUGUAAAUGUAAAUACUCUGGUGGCAGCUUGGUCCAGACUGGAACAUUACAUAAGCAGUCAGGAACAAGGUUCAGAGAACAGUGGUUACGCAGGUAAUUAAAGAAGCUGUUUGUAUCCAAGACUGAUUUCUGAAAAACAUGCACACGCAUGCAGAAACUCUCCCAGCUGACCUCAUUUUGGAAACAUCAGUCUAAGUCAAAACAUUUAAGCUGCACACAGGAAGCGAUUUGCUCGUCACGCCUUACUUUAAAGCUGAUGGUCGUCGAUAGUGGGCGUUCCAGGCUCUGAUUGCCUCGGUAACCCUCUAAGACAGGGAUGUCAAACUCAUUUUACACCAUGGGCCACAUACAGCCCACUUUGAUCAGUGGGUCAGAGUAGUGAAAAUCCUGUCACUGUAAAUUGGUUGAACUGCACAUUUAACCCCUGAUAUAUCUUAAUAAAAAGCAAUUUAUGCCCUCCUUCACAUUUUCCAAAGCUGUCCAGUGGGCCAGAUUAGAGUCUUUGCCAGGCCGAUUAUGGCCCCCGGGCCUUAUGUUUGACACCCCUGCCCAAAUAUAUUUAUGACCCUGUCACAUCAGUCACCAGUAUCCUGGUCUCUCAUUGGCAGUUGCUUCAAUUGCUUCCCUUAUAGUUGAAAAAAAAGUUGCUCAGCACCCACCCGCUUCACAUCACCAGCAGCUUUAAAGUUGCCAAAUGUCAUCAACUUUGAGGUCUCCGGUCCCCUCGUCACUGCGAGGUGCUUCCUGUGUGGAUGCAGCUUUAUUCAGAUUUCUGGAGGCUGCCGUUCUCUCCUACACAGGGCUAAUAAACCGCCUCCCACUUGGAGAUAUCCUGCUGUCUCCUCAUGUUAAUCUGCUUACUGAAUAAAAUGAAUGACGCAGACAGCGUUGAGUCGUCUCCUGCUAACAGGCUCGGUACCAAGUUAAAGCAACUGUAGGUGCAACUUUACAUUUCAAAUGUGCUUUUGGUGAUUUAAAAAAAUAUACACAUUAUAAAGGAUGAGAAGGGAAUCACAGCCAUUCCUGUCAGGUCUGUUUUAUACACACUGCAACAUUUUUUUCCUUCCAUUUGAU